GCAGCGUGUAGAGUGUAGACGGUGUACGGUGUACGAUGAUUAGGAUCUCUCCUCCCGGGAGGGAAGCGGACACCUCCGGAUCGGAUGACACCCCGCUCCUGUCUCUCACACAUUUCUCCCGGCCGCCCUUUGUCACUUUCGGAUGUGUUGAGCCCGGGGUGUCCCGCAGUGCCGAUCUAGUUCUACAGAACCCUUCACCAGAGCCGGCCUACCUCACUGUAUACAAGCUGCCCACACACCGGGGAUUCACCGUGCCGGACACCGACAUCCUCAUACCGCCAUUUGAGUCUGUUCCUUUGACAAUCACAUGGACUCCCUUAGAAGAAGGAGGUGUAAGAGAACUUGUCACCUUUCUUGUAAAUGAUGUUGUGAAGCACCAAGCUGUACUUCUGGGGAGUGCAGAAUUGCCAUCUAAGAAAAAGAGAGCUCGUUGGAAUACCAAAAAAAGGAAACCUUCUCCUGUAGGCCCUAAGCUUUCUAGACCAAAGAAUAAAGAUCUUUGUUCUACAGUCAUUAAAAAUAAAACAUUUAAUGCAAAGCACAAAAAUGGCCAGGGGUUUUCAGGAGCGGCAAAGAACCCUUUACAGUCAUGUGAAAAUCUUUCCAAGCCUAAUAUCCGAGGCUCUCGUGUCAAGAAGGGUAGGCGGAGCAGAGAAAAUAAAGCUCCUAUGCACUAUGACAGUCCAGUUGGAAAUGAUCUACAGGCUUUCAUCCCGGGAUCACUCAAGAGGUCGAAAACAUACUCCAUUUUGUGCACUACGGAGUAUGAGACCAUGGAAGAACUUAAAGGCAGCUCUACCAUUCACAGAGAUUUUGUUGAGGAACAAUGGACUCUUACUGAACACAGGGUGAACAAACUGUCCAUCUCGCCAAUAAAUCCAGAACAUGGUCUUCAGCAUAAUUUUACUUGUACACCAAGUUUGGUAAAUGACUUUAAGACCUUAUCCCCAACUGAAUUUUAUAAUGCAGAGCUUGCUGUUAGACACACUGAUCAUCCAUCUGAAAAGUCCAGAUCCAGAUCCUUCCAAGAGUCUUUCCAUGAAUGUUUUACAAAGAUGAGCUUAAAGACGCUGACGCCACCAUCCGUGUUGCUGACGCCACCAUCCGUGUUGCUGACGCCACCAAGAAAGGUGUUAAGUCCAGAUUCAUUUGUAAGCAACAGUUAUGCUUCAGAUGAAUAUCUUGAUGCAGUUAACCUUACUCCAGUUUUGUCACCAGAUCAGUUUGUGAAAGAUAAUUUUCUAACACCACCUGUUGUAGAAGUGAAGACAAGUACAUUUAGAACGGAGCCGGUCGAUGAAAUCUUUUCUCCUAGGACCUCUGGUAAUCUAGAUCCCACAGCUUCAAGAUUGACUUAUUGUGUCAAAAAGAAAAGAGCUAGGGACGUGCCACUGCUGUUGAGUGACGGCAGUUCUGUGGCCAAAAAUACGGAAAAGUCCAAAAUAAACUCGGCAACCGUUACAAAAGCCAGGUCUUCGGACUGCAGAGAGAAUGUACAGAGGCCCCAGCUAAAGUCCCGUCGAAGGUUGAGGUGUGUGGAAGGAGAGGACGAAGCGUGUUCCCAGAGUGAUCUGCUUGAGCAAUUGCCCAUCGUGGCUGCUCCAGCCUUGCCUGUCAUAAGCGUAUCCAGGCCCACUAGCUGUUCAGAAUCACCUCUGCCCAAGGACACAGCCAAAUCUAUCCGUGGUCACAAGAGGAGAAGUGCAGACAUUUCUGGUGGGUCAUCCAGUGAGUCUUUGAAUGUUCAGGCUAAGAGAAGUCAUCUGUCAAAACCGUCUGCAUCGCAGCGUGGAAAUAUUCAAGACCGUGAACAGGAAACCAAAAGGGCUUUUUCGACACCGACACCUUGGAAAAUCCAUAUAACAAAGUCUGAAAGCAAAGGGAAACCUACCUUGGUAAAAUCUCGGCAAAUAGAUAAGACAAGGUUGUCACAGUUGCAUUCUACUGUCGUCUUUAAACAUUCCAAGAGCGUUGUUGCUGUUCCACAGUCAAAGCUGACUUUUAUGAAGUCUACGAAAACGGUCAUUCCUCGGCAUCCAAUGCCAUUUGCUGCCAAAAAUAUGUUUUAUGAUGAACGCUGGAUGGCAAAGCAAGAACGAGGCUUUACCUGGUGGCUAAACUUCAUCCUCACUCCAGAUGACUUUGCUGUGAAAACAGAUGCCAUGAAAGUAAAUGCAGCUGCUCUAAUCCUUGGAUCUGAAAGCGCUCGCAAAGUGAGUGUACCAAAGGCUCCAACCAAAGAAGAAGUUUCUAUGAAAGCAUACACAGCCCGAUGCAGGUUGAACAGACUGAGAAGAUCGGCCUGCCGCCUCUUUACUUCUGACCCUGUGGUAAAAGCCAUUCGGAGAUUGGAAGUAGAGAUUGAAGCACGACGUCUUCUUGUAAGGAAAGACAGACACCUCUGGAAAGAUGUUGGUGAACGUCAGAAGAUCUUGAUCUGGUUACUUUCAUAUAAUCCAUUGUGGCUUCGUGUAGGACUGGAGACAACAUUUGGAGAGCUAAUUUCAUUGGAGGACAAUAACGAUGUCACUGGCCUUGCUCUAUUCAUCUUGAAUCGUCUCCUCUGGAAUCCAGAUAUUGCUGCAGAGUACAGACAUAAUUCAGUACCACACUUGUAUCGUGAUGGUCAUGAAGAGGCUUUAUCCAAGUUUACAUUAAAGAAACUGCUGCUCCUAGUUUUUUUUCUUGAUUAUGCUAAACAGUCGAGGCUUAUUGAUCAUGAUCCCUGCUUAUUUUGUAAGGAUGCUGAAUUUAAGACAAGUAAAGACCUUUUGCUGGCAUUUUCUCGUGAUUUUUUGAGUGGAGAAGGAGAUCUGUCACGCCACCUUGGUUAUCUGGGGUUACCUGUCAGCCAUGUUCAGACCCCUCUCGAUGAAUUUGAUUUUGCCGUCACAAACCUCGCAGUGAAUUUACAGUGUGGAGUUCGUUUGGUGCGAAUGAUGGAACUCCUAACCCAUAACUGGAGUCUGUCUAAAAAGUUGAGAGUCCCAGCAAUAAGUCGCCUGCAGAAAAUGCACAACGUGGAGGUGGCACUUGACGUUUUGACAGAUAGAGGAGUUCAGAUCAAAGAUGAGCGUGGUAAUGCCAUCUCAUCCAAAGACAUUGUGGACAGACACAGAGAACGUACAUUGGCUUUGCUGUGGACUAUUGUUUUAACCUUUCAGGUGGAAGUUGUGCUGAAUGUUGACCACCUAAAAGAGGAGAUAAAGUUCCUGAAACACAGUUGCAGCACCCAGAAAAAGCUUGCUGCCCUACGUGCUCUGUCUUUUCCAGCAGUACCCAUGAAGCGUGACAGUAUCCCAUUUUUACCGGAGAAUUACAGCGAGCAAGUACUGCUACUCAUGGAAUGGAUUAAUGCAAUAUGUGCCUUCUAUAACACAAAGGUUGAAAAUUUCACUGUGUCAUUUUCUGAUGGGAGAGUGUUUUGUUACCUAAUUAACCAUUACCACCCCAGCUAUGUGGCAUUAGAUGCUAUUCGUCAGCAAACCACACAGACCAUAGAAUGUAAUGAAACUGGGACAGUAGGGCUUAAUUCUUCCUCCGAUUCUGACAACUCAGUCGAUAUGUGGUCUGGCAUGUGUGAUGGCUUCACCACCUCAGCCUUGUAUAAAGAAUUAUUGGCUAAUGAAAGAACAAACUUUACUCUUCUGCAAACUGCAGUGUCUAAUCUGGGGGGAAUUCCUGCUAUGAUCCAUCACUCUGAUACGUCAAAUACAAUCCCAGAUGAAAAGAUUGUCAUCACUUUCCUUUCCUUUCUCUGUGCGCGACUUUUGGAUCUUCGUAAGGAGGCUAGAGCUGCAAGGGUGAUCCAGGCAGCAUGGAGAAAGUACAAACUGACAACAGAGGAGCAGCUACUACAGAAAAAGCACAAGGCUGCCUCUGUCAUCCAAAUCGCAGUUCGCAAGUUUCUGUCGCGGCGUUGGAUUUUAAAGAGAACAACAUCUGCAAUAGUAAUCCAGAAACACUGGAGAAAAUACUUGGCUUAUAAGGAGCUAAUGAAAUUAAAGCUUUGCAGACAAAAGAAAAUUGAAGCCUCUGCCGCCAUUGUCAUCCAGAGAAUCUGGAGAUGUUAUGCAGCCAGAAAAUACUACAUCAAGUUAAGAAAAUGUGUUGUUCUUCUGCAAGCAAGAGUGAGAACAAAGAGGGCUGUUUUGGCUUACAAAAAGACCAUGCAUGCAACAAGAACUCUCCAGAGGCAUGUGCGCGCUUGGUUGUUGGCUAAGAAAGAUCGUGAAAACUUCUUACAAUUCAAAUCUGCUGCCCUUACGAUACAAUCCGCUUUCAGGAGGUGGAGAUGUAUAAAGCUAAAACAAGAGAUCAAUGCUGUAUUGGUGCUUCAGAAAGCGUACAGGAAAUGGCAAAAUCGGAAUUUGGAAAUGAAGAGAAAAGCAGCCACUUUAAUUCAGUCCCUUUAUCGCAUGUCCAGAGAACGAUGUAAAUACCUCUCUAUGCGAGCAGCGGCAGUAAAGAUACAAUCUCUGGUUAAAAUGAGACCAAGGAGAAUCCAGUACCUUGUAUUAAGAGAAAAAGUGAUCUUUGUCCAAACUCAGUUUCGUGCUAACCUAUUAAUGCGCAAAGAGCGCAAGUCCUUCCUCCAGAUGCGGGCAGCUUCUGUUAAAAUUCAGUCUAAUAUUAAAGGCCUUUUGGUCAGAAAACAAAUCAAGCUGUGGAACAAAGCUGCAACAACAUUACAAGCCAACUACAGAAUGCAUAUGACAAGAAGAAAGUAUCUUGCUAUAUACAGAGCUGCAGUUAUAAUACAGGAGAGCUUUAGAGCAAACAAAGUUGCUGCCUAUCAUAGAGAAAGCUUCUUGCUCAUGAAAUGCUCUGCUAUAUGGAUACAAGCAGCCUGCAGAGGUUACAUUGUUCGUAAAAGAAUAAAAAUUCAGCAUCUUGCAGCGUUAUCCAUACAAACCACUUACCGAUGCUAUGUAGCAAGAAAGCAUUAUAUUGGCAUGAGACAGUCUGCCAUAUCUAUUCAGCGAUGGUACAGAGGACAGAAACAACUAAAGGGAGAUCUGGAACAAUUUGGGAAAAUUAAGAGAGCUGUUGCUACCAUACAGUCUGCAUACCGUGGAUGGUUAGUGAGACGACAACUACAGAAAUGGACAAUGGCUGCAGUCACCAUCCAGUCAGCCUAUCGGAGAUGUAUUGCUCAAAGUAAAUUCAAAGAAGUGAAGAUGGCUACUUUGACCAUACAGAGGUACUAUCGUGCUGUGCUGAUUGGCAGGGAGGAGAGGCAAAAAUAUCUUCACAUCUGUUUGCUUAUAAGUAAAGUGCAAGCCACCUGGAGGGGUAAAAAAGUCAGGCAGGAGAUUCAGACACAGCACAAAAUGGCAACUUUGAUACAGUCCUACUAUAGAAUGCAUGUCUGCUACACAAAGUACAAAACAAUGACACAAGCUGCAGUGCUUAUUCAGCGUCACUACAGAGCGCAUACAGCUGGUAAAGCACAGCGAGCAAAUUAUUUAAAUGUCAAAGAAGCAGCAAAUCGCCUUCAGGCUGCUUUCCGUGGAUGGCAAAUUAGAAAACAUUUAUUGCAUCUCCACAAUGCAGCUUGCAAAAUACAGACCACCUAUCGCUCUUUCAGACUCAGAAAAGAAUACCUCAGUCUAAAGAUGGCAACGAUCUUCAUUCAGAGACGAUACCGUGCUCUAGUUGCUGCCAAGUUGCAGAGAAAAUCGUUUCUUUGUUUGAGAAAAAGUACCAUUAAGCUGCAGUCUGUCUACAGAGGUAAGAGAACAAGGCAAAGAAUAAUCCAGAUGCAAAGGUCUGCAGUUUUGUUACAGUCAGUGUUUAAAAUGCAAAAGCAGCGUGCACAAUAUCGGAAAAUGAAAAAGGCAACCUUGUUGAUCCAGAAGCAUUAUAGAGCAAUAAAGGAAGGAAAGGAACAACAGCAGCAGUAUUUGGCGCUCAGGAAAUCUGCUUGCACCCUACAGGCUGCUUUCCGUGGAUGGCAAAUUAGAAAACAUUUAUUGCAUCUCCACAAUGCAGCUUGUAAAAUACAGACUUCAUAUCGCUCUUUCAGACUCAGAAAAGAAUACCUCGGUCUAAAGAUGGCAACGAUCUUCAUUCAGAGACGAUACCGCACUCUAGUUGCUGCCAAGUUGCAGAGAAAAUCGUUUCUUUGUUUGAGAAAAAAUACUAUUAAGCUGCAGUCUGUCUACAGAGGUAUGAGAACAAGGCAAAGAAUAAUUCAAAUGCAAAGGUCUGCAGUUUUGUUACAGUCAGUGUUUAAAAUGCAGAAGCAGCGUGCACAAUAUCGGAAAAUGAAACGGGCAUCAUUGGUAAUCCAGAAGCAUUAUAGAGCAGUGAAAGAAGGAAGGAAGCAACAGCGACAGUAUUUGGCGCUCAAGAAAUCUGCUUGCACCCUACAGGCUGCUUUCCGUGGAUGGCAAAUUAGAAAACAUUUAUUGCAUCUCCACAAUGCAGCUUGCAAAAUACAGACUUCAUAUCGCUCUUUCAGGCUCAGAAAAGAAUACCUCGGUCUGAGAAUGGCAACAAUCUUAAUUCAGAAACGGUACCGUGCUAUGGUUGCUACCAAGUUGCAGAGAAAAGGGUAUCUUCUUAUAAGACAAAAUACCAUUAAGCUGCAGUCUGUCUACAGAGGUAUGAGAACAAGGCAAAGAAUAAACCAGAUGCAAAGGUCUGCAGUUUUAUUACAGUCGGUGUUUAAAAUGCAGAAGCAGCGUGCACAAUAUCGGAAAAUGAAACAGGCAUCAUUGGUAAUCCAGAAGCAUUAUAGAGCAGUAAAGGAAGGAAGGAAGCAACAUCAACAGUAUUUGGCGCUCAAGAAAUCUGCUUGUACCCUACAGGCUUCUUUCCGUGGAUGGCAAAUUAGAAAACAUUUAUUGCAUCUCCACAAUGCAGCUUGCAAAAUACAGACUUUAUAUCGCUCUUUCAGGCUCAGAAAAGAAUACCUCAGUCUGAGGACGGCAACAAUUCUAAUUCAGAGACGAUACUGUGCAAUGGUUGCCGCCAAGGUGCAGAGGAAAUGGUAUCUUCUUCUUAGACAAAAUACCAUUAAACUACAGUCUGUCUACAGAGGUAUGAGAACAAGGCAAAGAAUAAUCCAGAUGAAAAAGGCAGCAGUAAUAAUCCAGAAACAAUACAGGGCAAUGAAAGAAGGCAGGAAGCAACAGCAACAGUAUUUGGCACUCAAGAAAGCUGCUGUCACCCUGCAGGCUGCAUGGAGAGGCAAGAAAGCAAGGAAUCGGAUAUGUCGUAUGCACACAGCUGCAAUAGAAAUCCAGGCCUGGUACCGAAUGGUCAAGCAACAGCAAACUUUUAAAAAUCUUAAAAAUGCCACUGUAACCGUUCAAAAUCUUUACCGUGCUUCUCAGGAGAGGAAGAAACAGUUGCUGAUUUUCCAAAACAAAAGAAAGGCAAUAUUGUGCAUUCAGUCAACUUUCCGUACAGUAAAACUACAGCGUGAAUUUAGAGCGAAGCGUCAAGCUGUGGUUGUCAUUCAAAGAACUUUUAAGUCCUGUUUGGCAAGACGCAGGUUUCUUGCCCUUCAAAAAGCUACAGUAUGUAUUCAGAGAAGAUUUAGAACGAAAAAGCUUGCUGAUCGACAGAGGCAGGAUUACCUAAAGACUCGGAGAGCUGCACUUGUUUUACAAGCUGCUUUUAGGGGUUUUCAAGUCAGACAGAAACUUCGACAAAUUAAUUCCUCUGCCACGGUCAUCCAGGCCGCUUUUCGAAUGCACAAAGAGCGUGUUGCCUAUCUAAAGUUGAAGCAAUCUGCAAUUACCAUACAGCAAUACUACAGAGCAUAUAAAAUAUCCGCUUGUGAAAGGGAAACCUUCGUAAAGCAAAAGAAGUCGGCAGUAAUGAUUCAAUCUGCAUAUCGUGGUGCAAAAGUAAGGCAGAGGAUAAGUCAAAUGAACAAAGCUGCUUUCACAAUUCAAGCCACUUUCAAGAUGCACCAGUGUAGAAUCCAGUAUAAAAAGUUCCUAUGGGCAGUCUAUGUGAUUCAGCAGAGAUACAGAGCAAACAAGCAAAGAGACUUUCAUGUGCUACGGUAUUCUUUUAUUAAGGAUGCUACCCUCCUCAUUCAAGCUGCUUAUCGUGGCUGGCAUGUCCGAAAAGAGUUGGAAACCAUGACUGGAGCUGCCACUGUUAUACAGAAGCAAUUCAGGACAUAUCUUAAGCGCAAACAGUAUCUUCUAAUACAGUCAUCAGCUCUUCUUAUCCAGAGAUGGUACCGUGCUACUGCUUUAAUGCGUCGCUGUCAUUCUCAAUAUCGGUCUCUAAGAAAAUCUGCAGUUUGUAUACAAGCUUCUUACAGGGGGUUCAAAGUAAGAAAAGAUCUUGCCCUGAAACAUGAAAUGGCCAUCAGGAUACAGUCUGCUUUCAGAAAUCACAAGGCCUUGGUUUUAUAUAGAUCCCAACAGGAUGCAGCUAGAAAGAUUCAGGCUUGGUACAGGUCUUCCAUUGACAGCAGGCAUACACGUACAUCAUUUCUGAAACUCCGAAGGGCAGCUAUAGUUCUCCAGGCAGGUUACAGAGGAAUGAGUGUACGCAAAAACCUGAAAGUUAUAUCUAGGGCUGCCACCGUAAUACAGUCCAACUAUCGCAUGUACACUCAAAAGAAAUACUACAAAAGUUUGGUUAAAGCCACCCAAACAGUCCAUCAGAGAUACAGAGCAAAAAAGACAGAGCGAGAUCUGUGUUACCAGGCUACUAACCAUUCAGCAGUACUGCUCCAAGCUGCUUUUAGAGGGAUGAAAGUUAGAAGACAGCUUAAAAAAAUGCACUGUGCAGCAACAACUAUACAACGAUUUGUUAAAGGUUAUUUUGAAAGGAAGAAGUACUUAAAACUUAGAUCUGCAACUGUUUUCCUUCAGAGAAGAUACAGAGCUUCAGUUCUAGCCAGAUCUUUUCUCGCAUAUCGCAAACCUGUGAUGUGUCUUCAGUCUGCUUAUAGAGCGUGCAAAGAGCAGCAAAGGCUUGAGUCCAUGUUCAGACUGUACACACUGCAAAACGCCUAUGGAGGCCAAAGAACAUCAACUGUAUUACAACAGAAUUAUUACAUUUACCAAACAUAUGUGCUCCUUGAAAGAGAGUGCUACCUAAGGCUUCAAAAUGCUGCUGUUGUCCUUCAGGCCUCAUACAGAGGCAUGAAGAGUCGUAGGAAUAUAAGCAAAAUGCACAAUGCAGCGACCAUAAUUCAGGCUUUUUAUCGCAUGCAUAGACAAAGAAAAUCGUACCUGAUUAUUCUACAGGCAACAAAAACAUUACAAUUACAUUUUAGAGCAACGCUUUUGAAGAAUGAGGCAGUGAAGCGGUACAAUGAUCUUAGGGAUGUGGUAUUAUCAAUUCAACAAGCUUUCCGUGCCAAAAAGUCAAGAGACAUCAAGGCUGCGGUGGUUAUCCAAACUACAUGGAAGAUGUAUCGGGAAAGAAGAGCCUUUAUAAAGGCCAAGUCUGCAGUGGUGAGACUUCAGGCAGCAUUCAGAGGCUUUAGGACUAGAAAGAGACACCAAUUAUUGGUUGAAUCUGCCUGUCAUAUACAGUCUUGGUAUAGAAGAUGUUGCCAAGCCCAUCUACAUAGAGUCCAAUAUUUGUCCAUACGAACCUCUGCUAUUAUAAUUCAGUCUGCUUUCAGAGGUUGGGUUGCACGCAAACGUGUUAAACAGGAAAGAGUGGCAAGAAUACUUCAGUCUUAUUAUCGUAUGGCUGUCUGUCGGAAACAGUUCCUGCAGCUUAGAGCAUCUACCAUAAAGUUACAGACUUGCUAUCGGAUGCAAAGGACUAUGCAGAUGUAUAAAAAGCAGAGAGCAGCUGCAUUGAUUAUUCAAAAAUGGUAUAAAUCUCUCCUUGCUAUGAGAUGCCAGAGGGCUGCUUUCUUGAAUGCACGAAAGCAAAUAAUCCUUGUGCAAGCAGCAGUCAGAAGAUUCAAUGCCAAGAGGUUGUUUAAGAGAAUUCAACAUGCUGCAUUAAUGAGCCAGAUCGCCAAGUGGAACACAGAAAGACGGCUUCUAAGGUUUGCUUCUGCUGUUUAUCAUCAUCUGUGCGCUGUAAAAAUUCAGAGAUGGUUCUGGUCUCGGCUUACUCUUAAAAAAGCACAGAAGCAAAUUUGCCAUGUUAUUUAUAUACAGAGAUGGUAUCGGUCCAGAUUACAGCGCAGGAAGUUUCUUUGCAUGCAUGAGAAGUUGGUACGUGUGCAGCAUGUGGUGCGAUCCUGGUUACACCGCAGGAAUGAGGCCGCUGUUAGAAUCCAGAGAUGUGUGAGGGGUUUCCUUCAACGCAAGCAACAAGCAAAGGUGUCCGGUGGGAUUGUCAAGUUCCAGGCUCUUUGGAGAAGUUACCAGUGGAGAAAGGAAAACGAAACCAAAAAAAUGAGAACCUUACGUCAGCGUCUGCGGAAACUAAGUGAGGAGACCAGAGCUGAAGAUAAAUUAUGUAACAGAACAUCGGUUGCUUUAAAUUAUCUGCUCACCUACAAGCACUUCACCUACAUCCUGGCAGCUCUGAAGCAUCUUGAAGCUGCCACCAGACUGUCUUCUAUUUGCUGUGAAAGAAUGGCACAGAGCGGAGCUGUGAGUACUAUUUUCACUCUGAUCCGCAGCUGUAACCGGAGUAUCCCAUGCAUGGAAGUGAUCACGCUGUCUAUACAGGUUCUGCUCAACCUGACCAAGUAUGAGAAGACCGUAUCUACUGUCCAUGAGGUAGAGGAUUCCGUUGAAGUUCUUCUAAACUUGAUGCAGAUCUACAGGGAAAAGGCUGGAGAUAAAGUACCAGAGAAGGGGGGAAGUAUAUUUACCAAGACCUGUUGUCUUUUGGCCAUCUUUGGCCUGGACCCCCACAGAGCGAAGGAAAUUUAUGCUAUUCCUAAAGCUAUGAAUCGGAUCUCCAGCUUGUAUGUCCUGACAUCACGGAAGCACAAAAUGGAUACCGCACGGAAUGUCAGCAAACAGCUCAUGAAUAAUACUCGAAUUCAUGGCAACACAUCAUCUCUCCAUACCACACCAUUCCACACAAGAAUUGUAUCAAGAAUCAAGCCUGACUGGGUGCUAAGAAAAGAUAAUAUGAGGGAGAUUGUGGACCCUUUGCAAGCCAUCCAGCUGGUCAUGUCAACCUUUGGUUUGCCCAUCUGAACCCAUUUUACUGGAACUGGAUUUUUUUAAAUAUGUAUUAAGAUAAUUUUGUUAUUUUACAGGGCGUAAUGAUGCAUAUAGCACAACUGUGUAUUAUAAUUGUAUUUGUAAAUAGCUUUUUGUAUAGAUGAAAUCGUACAAUAAAAUACAGAGCUCAACAUACAA